AUGAGUUCAUACACUGAGACGAACUCAAGUUCUUUGAAAAAUGAUAAAAUUGAAGACGAUGGAAUUGUACCGCACAUUACAGCUUCUGUAAAUUCUACUAUCGAUAAUUCAAAUUCAAAUUCAUCUAAAGAAGAAAUUAGUAACGAUAUGAACGAUAACGUAUUUACGGAGAAGAAGAUUUCACAUGUCCCUACUGAUAUAGUAUCCAUAAAUGAAGAAGAUGAACUAGUUGAUCCAAAAACUUUAGAUUGGGAUGGUCCUGGUGAUUUAGAUAACCCACAUAAUUGGCCAACUUGGAAAAAAUGGUACGCUUGUAUGGUGGCUGCUAUCUUAUGUUUAGUAGUCACAAUGGGUUCUUCUUUAUAUGUUUCUGGUGUCCCAGAAAUUGUACUUAGAUACAAGGUUAAUCAAACUUUAGCUUUGGCCGGUUUGACCUUUUAUUUAUUAGGUCUUUCUACCGUUAUUGGCGCUCCUUUAAGUGAAGUCUUUGGCCGUAAACCAGUUUAUUUCUUCUCUCUACCUAUUUCAAUGCUAUUCACAAUGGGUGUGGGUUUAGCUAAUGGUCAUAUGAGAAUUAUUUUACCUUUAAGAUUUCUUUCAGGUGUCUUUGCAUCUCCUGCCCUAUCUGUUGGUUCUGGUACUAUUUUAGAUGUUUUUGAUUUAGAUGAAGUCCCAGUGGCAUUAACAUUCUUUUGUUUGGCUCCAUUUUUGGGUCCUGUCAUUAGUCCAGUCAUGGGUGGCUUCGCCUGUGAAUCACAAGGUUGGCGUUGGGCUGAAUGGAUUCAAUUAAUCGCCGGUGGUUUAAUCUUACCUUUUAUUGCUCUAAUGCCAGAAACUCACAAAGGUAUCAUCCUAAAGAAAAGAGCAGCAAAGAGAAACAUUAAACUAAAGAAACCUACAAAGGAAGAAUACAAAAUGUUUUUAAAGAUUACUUUCACUAUUACUAUCCUACGUCCUUUAAAAAUGUUGGUUGUAGAACCAAUUGUAUUGGUCUUUAGUAUCUACAUUGCCUUCAUCUUUGCAGUCUUAUUUGCCUUCUUUGAAGCCUACCCUGUCAUUUAUAGAGGUGUCUACCAAAUGUCUUACGGUGUCUCUGGUUUAGCAUUUAUUGGUAUUGGUGUAGGCUUAUGGCUAGGUGCUAUGCUGUAUUUAUGGAUUGAUCGUCGUUACUUAUUCCCUGCUGCUCCAGAAGGAACUCCACCACUUGAAAAUUCAGGAACUCUAAGAACAGCUCCAUUAAGAGGUUACCGUGAUGAAAAUGGUAAUGUUUUGCCUCCUGUUCCGGAAAAAUUUUUAAUCUGUUGUAAGAUUGGUUCUAUUGCUUUGCCAGUUGCUUUAUUCUGGCAAGCUUGGACAGCCAGACCUGAUGUCCAUUGGAUGGCACCAAUUGCUGCUGGUGUUCCAUUUGGUUUCGGUUUGAUUUUAAUUUUCUUCAGUGUCUUAAUGUACUUUUCCUUAGCAUACCCACCUCUAUAUGUCGCCUCUGUCAUCGCUGCUAAUAAUAUGUUAAGAUAUAUCACUAGUAGUGUUUUCCCAUUGUUCACUAUCCAAAUGUAUGAAAACUUAAAGAUUAAGUGGGCCAGUACCCUUUUCGCAUUGAUUUGUGUUGUAAUGGUUCCUGUUCCAUGGAUAUUUGAAAGAUGGGGUGCUAAAUUGAGAAAUGUUUCUCAAUUUGGUUGGGCUGCAAUGAAGAAAGAACAAGAAGAACGUGAAAAGGAAUUAGAGGAUAAUGAAGAAAAGGCCAAAUUAAGAAAGACCCUUUCUAAUAUUAGUCAUUCUAGUGAACCUGUUGGUCUAUCUCGUUUAUCUCGUAAGCUAUCAAGAAGUAGUAUGCAUACAGCACAUACUAGUCAAAAUAGCAUGCAUAAGAUGAAAUCACAUCCUGCAGAAAUUGAACAAGAAGAAAUAGGUGCUGUUCGUUCCGAAACUAUUUUCAAUAACGUUGAUGAUAUCAAUAGUUCAGUUAAAGAAUCAUCUCAAGAUUUAUCUUCAAGAAUGGUUUAA